AUGAAGUGGCUUAUUUUUGUCUACGUAUGCAUGUUGACGCAGUCAAUUAAGUGUAUGGCUGAGACUAUUGAUGUCUUUGAAUUUGGAAACAAUGUUGGUUCAGUUGCGUUCUCAAAAUCUGGAAACAUUGGCUUACUUGAAAAAAAUGUUAAAAUACCAAUAAUUUUACCAAAAUGUACGGAGUUAAGUUACGUCCGAGUAAGCGUAGACAACAGACGAGGACCUCCCAAAGUUGAUUUCGACUCGGAAGUCAACACUGUCAUUAUUAAAUACCGUCCACUACAAUACAGCAGGUCUAGUUAUACAGUAGUUGCUAAAAGUGUUGAUGAUAAUGAUUGUGAAUAA